AUGUGGUUAGCUCGAACCCUAUGGCUGCUGUUAUGUUACGCUCAAUACGCUAAAUGCAGCCUUUUGGAGGAGUACGAGGUGAUCUCCAAGAAUAUUUUAUACCCACCAGAGGACAAAUCAGCUUCUGCUUUACCAGUAGAUAUUGGCAAGGAUAGAACAUCUGGAUGCAGCUGUAGGAGCACUAAAAACCGUAAAGUCAUAGUUUGCUUUGGCAACUAUGAAUGCAGGAGGUUUCCAAAGCUUAAAAGAAAAACUGAAGCACUUAUUGUGAGGAUGACUGUGUUGCCAGAAGUUACAGUUGGAGAACUGGAUUCAUUAUACUUCUUAAAGUCUUUAAAGAUUGAAGCAAAUCACCAACUGAAAUAUCUACAACCAUGGCUAUUUCGCAACCUUACGAUGUUAGAAACUCUUUCCAUAUCAUACAAUACUAAUCUACAUGUAAUAUUUGAGGGUACCUUCGUAGGUUUGAAGAACCUCAAAGAACUGAUUUUAGUUAAUAAUGGAUUCACAAGUAUAAUGAAAAUAGCACCAGUAAUAAAACCUUUAGUACUACCAUCUUUGAGGAGACUAGAUUUAUCGGAAAAUUCAUUUGAAAAAAUUCCCGAGAGAGCUUUUGAAUACAUGAAAGACUCACCGUUAAAGAAAUUGGAUCUUAAUUUAUGUCGGCUGGAUUAUAUUCAUCCUAACAGCUUUUUACCUUUAACACAUUUACGAGAACUGAAUAUAGGAGAAAAUGAUUUAAGUUCAACCAUUAUAGGAGACUUUCUCCUUAGCCUAAAACAUAAUAACAGAAAUUUAGCUCAUUUAGAUUUAAAUAGCAUGGGAUUUCGCAAACAACCACCAAAACGACUAAUGGAAAUUAUUGCUAACACAACGAUUGAAACGCUUAUCUUAUCUAACAAUCAAUUUGAAAUAAUUGCCGAUGAUGAUUUCCCGAGGAUGCCAAAUAUUAAAAUUUUGAAUUUGCAAGCUGUCAGUGCUUGGAGUGUAGGUCAAAAUACAUUUAACCCAUUUAAAUUCCCAGAGCUUCGGAUAUUACUGUUGAAUGGUAACAACCUGGCUGGUAUCCACUGGAAAUACAUAUCGCAACAACAACUCAUGCUUCUUGAUCUGUCAUCUAAUAAAGGUACAGCGACAAAUCCAGUGUAUUAUGAAAUAGAUCGCGGAGUAUUUCUACAAUGUAAAGAGCUGAGGAUACUAAACCUUGCCUUUAACAGGAUUAAAUCUAUAUUUGAUUACACUUUUAUUGGAUUGGAUAAAUUAAGACUGUUAAAUUUGGAAAAUGGUACACUAUUUCACAUAGGUAAUGGGACAUUUGAGCCCUUGAAACACUUAGAAAUUCUCAACUUAGCUAAUAAUCCUCUUACAGCGAAUGAAAAUUUAACAAGUGCCAUGUUCAAGGGACUCAAUAUGUUAAAAGUGUUAAUUUUGACGAAUUGUGGUAUUAAACAUCUAUAUGAAACUGACAAUAUGUUUGAAAUGAUGCCAAAUAUAACUCACUUAAUACUCAAAAACAACGGAUUAUAUUACAUUAAUUCUGAAGUGUUGAAACCUUUACAGUUUUUACAAGUUUUAGACUUAAGUGACAAUCUUAUAGUGUCGUGGUGGAAACCUAUGUUCUUAGCGUCUGGGCUGCGACCUCGCAGUCUCCUUUUAACAAACAAUAAAAUUUCUCACUUCUCUCUCAGCAUGAUUCAGGACAUAAACUUUUUAUUAGAAAAUAAAGGGAACUUCACUAUUGAAAUUAAUUUAAUGAAUAAUGUAUUUGUCUGCGAUUGCUCUUCCAUGUACAAUACAUAUAUGUGGUUACAAGUGAACGGAUCUGACUCGCUCAAUGAGUACUUUAGGCAUUCCAACUUUCUUUGCAACAGCCCAUAUAUUUGGGAGGAUAAGAGGGUCGCGGACUACAUGUCCUCCAUGAAGACCAUGAACUGCCUUUUGUAUGAGAAGUAUUCUGGUGUGAUGCUGCUAGUUUGGACGGCACCCUCACUAGUCUCGUUAUUUAUUUUAAUAUUAUUACUAGCAUUUGGAUAUAAAUAUCGAAUUUAUGUUAAGUAUUGGUUUUUCUUAGCUAAACUAGCUCUAGGAAGAACAUUCGUGAGAAGUUCCUUGAAAAAUUUAGAACAGCCUGUUUGUUAUAAGUACGAUGCUUUCAUUUCAUAUUGUAGUGAAGAUAGUGAAUUUGUUUCAGAAAUGAUCACUCACCUAGAACGCUCUCCGCCUUAUUUAAAGUUAUGUAUAUAUGAAAGGGAUUUCGAGAUAGGUUCUUUUAUAUCUGAGGCGAUAUUAGCUAGUAUCAAAGAGAGUAGAUAUAUUAUUUUAAUUAUAAGUAACAAUUUUGUAAAAUCUCAAUGGUGUCGAUGGGAAACUCAGCUGGCCGAGUACCACAGGUUGGCUCUCGAAGAUGGUUCUUCUUACGACCCAUUAGUACUAAUAAGAUUAGGCGAAGUAGAAAGCAAAUAUUUAACAACAACAUUAAAAUUCCUGUUGAAAACAAAGAUAUAUUUGACGUGGGACAAACAACACGCAGAUGAGUUUUGGAAGAAAAUAAGAAAUGUCAUCACCAAGUAUAGA